UUAGCUGCUGCAUGACCUGACUCGCCAGCAUUGCUGCGAUGACGCGAACACGUUGCCCCAACACACAGGUCAUUUCGGCGAUAGGCAGUUGCAUGCCUACUACACAUCAUAAUCAUCAAACUUAAUUUAUGACUGACCUGCUGCGAGGGUGGCCGGGCGCGAGCGGCGCACCCAGCGCACACUCGGCGCGCCUUCCCACGCACGUCAACCCCAUCCCCGCGCCAAAAUCCAGUCGCCGAGCCAAGUAUGGGGGCGUUGGGGCUGCUGAUUUGGAGGAGCAGAAACUCCGACGACAGCCAGCGCCGCGCGUGGUCCGCCCCAAGCCGCUGCGGGGCUCCCAGUUGUUCCUGCACAUUAUUCGGACCGCGGAGAGCCAGCAGCAGCAGCAGCAGGAGCUCGGGUCAGGGCUGCGGCAGCAGGGGUUCGGGCAUGGGCACAGUGCCGACGAGGCGGGGGGCGAUGACAAUGGCCCGGCGACGACGACGCGGCCUGCAGGGCGGCGGCGACCAUCUUCUGCUACAGCCGCGGCUGUCGACAACGGCACUGAGGGCGUUGAGGCUGUUGCCAGGAACCGGGCUCGAGCUGCAGCCCCAGCCCCUGGCCUAAGCCCUGCCGAGAUGGGAAGCGGGGGCUUUCGGCGUCGCGCCAAGCUGUUUGCAGACAGCCGCGACGCGCCGCACCCACACACCACCGCGCGCAUUGUGGCGCGGCUGGCUGCCUGCCGCGACUGGCGCCACCCGCUGUCCAGCCGGCUGCUGCCCACCUACCUGCCGCUGUUUGACGAGCAUGCCGCAGCCUACUUCUUCAGGCACGUGCCGACGCUGCAGCCACUCGGUCCCUCAAGCCUGUCUUCACAGCUUGCCACGUAUGAGAUGGACGCGGGCUUGCUUCUGCGGCGCCGGCAGCUGCAGCGGGAGCAACAGCGGCGGCAGGGGGCACCCGGCGUAGCACCUGACGCCUCUCGGGCGCCGCUUGUGCCGGCGUCUGAGGAGCGGGGGUUUAGGCUUAUGGUGGAGGCUGUGUGCAGCUCGCUGCUGCCAAAGAUCCCGCACUUUGGGCCGCGCGCGCUGUCGUACAUGGCAGCUGGGCUGGGCCGCAUGGGUAUCUGGUAUGCCCCGGCGGUACGUGCCUGGGACGCAGCGAGCGUGGGCGUACUGGGCUCCAUGCGGCCCGACCAGCUCGUGUCAGCGCUGGAGGGGCGGGCGCAGCUGGCAGCUGCCGCCGCAGCGGAGGCGCAGGGAGGAGCAAUGGCAGUAGCGGCUACGGGAGGAGUCUUGGCGGCGGCGGAGGGGGCGGGAGCUGCAGCUGGAGGACGGGGCACGCCGCCGCAUGCGUGGCGGGAAGCCGCUGUGGUGGCGGUGGGGGCGGCACUGGGUGACAUGCGUGUGGACGAGCUGGCCCGAGUGAUGGAGGCGCUCUUCACUCUGGGCGUGCAGCCGCCUCCAGCGCUGGUGGAAGCAGCCUGCCGGAGAGUGGUGGCCGCACUGCAGGAGGCUGCUGCCGCCAUCAGCACAGCCGCACAGCCCGCGCGUGCUGCACCUGCUGCUGGCAGCAAUGACAUGAACGUAUCACGGCCAGCGCCCAGCCGCCCGCCACCUGUCGCCAGCCUGUCUGCCUCGCCCGCCACCACUGGCACGCUGCUGCGCCUAGCGGGCCUGGAGCCAGCAGCAGCAGCAGCAGCAGCAGGAGCGCCCUCAGCGCCGCCAGCCGCCGGCGUGGAUAGCACAGCAGCCGCACAGAUAGCUAGCGGCACCGCCGUGAUGCGCGCUGCAGAAGCGACUCCGUCCGCGCCCUUCGCGUUGCACCCUAGCAGUGGCAGCUGGCAGUUCAGUCCACCAGUACAGGACAGGCUAGGACACGCGGGCCGCCGCGUCCAACCGCCGGGCCCAGACCUGGGCGAGCACCUCGCGGCGUUCGUGUGCGCCCUCGGCCGCUCGGGCACAGACACGGGCCCGGGCCAUCCUGUGCCGGCCUGGUGGCUGGACUGGCUGGUGGCAGAGACAGCUGCGGUGCUGGAGGCGCAGGUCGGGGCGAUGCAGCGUCAGCGGCAGGCGAAGCAGGAGGUGGAACGUGUGGCGCAAAGUGCACGGGGGCGGCGCGCGAUGCGGCGAGCUCUGGCUGCUGCUGCUGAGCUGCAGCAGCAGACGUUCGGUGCGUCAGUGCAGCUGGAUGAUGCAGGUUCAGACACUUCACAGACACCAGCAGCGGCCUCAGCUAAGCAGCGAGGAAAGCUGUCAGCAGCAAAGGCAACGCCCGCGGCAGCAGCCAUACAGCCUGCUCCAGCACAAGCACCAGCAGCGGGUGUCUCUUCGUCGGCGCCUGGGCCUUUCUUCUCGCUGGAGGCGAUGGCGGCGCUGCUGCAGGGCGCGGCGGGCUUGUGGCGGGCCCGCCAGGCGGAUCAGCGGUCGCCAUCCGCUGCCGGAGACGUGGGUGAUGGACACGCCCCACCGUCUGCCUGGUUGAACCUGGCGCUGUCUGCAGCAGUGCACGACCUGCAGGGCCGCCUGUCGCCCGCAGCUGCGGCAGCGGCUACAGACUCCGCGAGGGCUGCCGCGCCCACCGCCGUCAUCACCGCUGGCAACGUCAGCCUUGCCGAGGCUGCCGCGAUCGCUUCCGCAGCUGGUACCGCCGCCGCCGCUAGCCGGGCGGCCGCGGACGCUGCGCAGCCCACCAGUGUGCUCCUGGCCGCUCUACUUGGGCUGGGCAGCUCCUCCACAGGCUCAAGCCUGCCACAGCAGGUGGCUGAUGGUGCAGCGCAGCUGCAGAGCUUCGCGGCCACAACAGAACUGUGGCGCACGCUGGCGGGUCCUGACCUCGGGCUGCGGCUGGUGCCCCACCUUUCUCCCGCCGAGCUGCAGGUGUGGGUGCAGGCGCUGGCUGCGUGGCGGGGGGACAGCACUGGUGGUGGUGAUGGCAGUAACGUCAGCGGCGGCGGCUGGGGUCCGGCUGCAAGGCCAUCGGGGCAGCAGUCCCUGCUGCGGACCGCGCCAUCCCCCGAUUUCGACCGCUGGUCUGCGGCUGUCGACGUGGCCAGUCGCACUCGCCUCGACCACUUCACAGGGGCCCAGCUGUGCCGGCUACCGGUCUUGGCGGCGGCGGCGGGGCUGCGGCUGCCACCGGGCUGGGCGGCGGCUUAUGUGCGGAACUUGACAGAGCGGCUGGUGGCGCCGGAGAGGUCUUCGGAUGCGGAGGCACCACCACAGGAUGCAGCUGCUGUGUGUUUGAGAGAGGCUGCGGAGGCGCUGGCGGCUGUGCGGACGGCUGCGCCUGGAGCCUGGCCGUUUGUUGGGGCCGUUGCUCCAGAUGUUGUGCAGGUCCUCGCGACCACGUUUGGUCGCGUGGCGGCCUCUGUCGGCGGUGCCUCGGGACUCGAGUCCGGCACAGUGGCCGGCAGAGCUGGCGAGCCUGCACCUGACUACCAGGCGGGGCGCAGGCAAAGGCAAAGGCAAAGGCAGGGCGUGCCCAUGCAACCCGAUGCAACCCGCGCACCCGUGACAGCACUUCAGCUGCAAGCGGUGGUGGCGGCAUUGGAAGAGGCCAUUGGAGUCUUGCAAGUAUAGCGCGAGCUGCAGUGACGGGAGGGUCCUUCGUGCUUUGUGUGAGCUCCUGCCAGUCCUUCCGGUGAACAUUUGUUGGGCAGCGGUGGCCGUGUGUCGGGCCUGGGCCAGAGGUAGGGCCACCGCUGCCUUGACAGCUGUAGCACAUGGAUGGCAGUGUGGGGAACAUUAUCGGGGUGGUGGGGUUGGAGACAACACUAGAUUGGAGACAACACGGGAUUGCUCUGGACGAGCUGUGAGCUUGAUUGGGCAACUAAGCACGUGGGAUGCAGGGAUUCGGCACAAAGCACUGUACACGAAUGAGCGCCGCUGUUGUAGGCAAAACUCAAAUGGAGUGCAGAGAAGGAAUGGUCUGGGUGCCUGGCUUGAGCAUACUCCCGUGGCUCGGGCAAUUGCUGUGGAACUAUGACGUACCGUACGUUGGGAGAGCGCAAAAGGUCCUUAUGCUAGCUGGUUUAGUCGGGGUACUGUUUGGGCAGGGGCAGGUUUGGGAAGGGGCAGGGGCAGUCUACACAUGUAAGCCGUAUACUUU